GUUAUGUAGGACUGGUUUAAAACUUCAGGAGAGAGUAUGCAUUUGCAGAGGAGCUGGCACCAUUGUUUUUGUGUGUUGUACUUCAAAUGCUUCUUCAGGGAGCUGUGAGGCAGUCGUGGGUGAGCAGGGAUGCCACAAAAUGAAUGCGGUGACCUGUGAUGAUGUGCAUAUUGACUUCACAUGGGAAGAGUGUAUGUUGCUGGAUACUUCACAGAAGAAUCUCUACAAAGAUGUGAUGCUGGAGACCUACAGGAACCUCACUACCAUAGGAUACAGUUGGGAAGACCAUAAUACUGACGAACGUUGUCAACGAUCUAGAAGACAUGAAAGCCAUGAAAGAAGUCAUACUGGAGAAACACCCUAUGAAUGCAAUCAAUGUAGUAAAGCCUUUUCACAACGCAAAAGUCUUGAAAGACAUAAAAGAAUUCAUACUGGAGAGAAACCCUAUAAAUGCAAUCAAUGUGAUAAAGCCUUUAUAGAAUGCAGAAAUCUUCAGAUUCAUAAAAGAAUUCAUACUGGAGAG